GGUACCGCGUGACCAGUCCAUCAGUUUCGCGGUGGUAUGUUUAGUGGACACCGUGUUCUCCAUCACCACCCGGUGCUUAUUGUUUCGAACCAACGACAAUCGAGCCCACUGUGCCGAGCAUAGCCGGAAAGGCAUCACCAGAGCAGAGAUUGGCGGCGGCAGCACUUCGGAUAGGAUCGAACCGUCGAAACGUGUGGUGGGGCGACAGUGUGAAACCACGGAUUUCACGGCACGGCAUACGGAACGGGGUCGUAGUCCUGCUCGCUGGCGAAAGUGAAUUCUCCGUCGAUCGUCGCAUUAGUCGAAACCAAUGGCAAUGGAGUUCGAUUCCGGUUCCGCUGAGCUGAACCAACGGAUAGCCGAGUGGUUGCGCUGGGAUAAGAACGAAAAAACCUGCGAUGAAAUACGUGACCUGGCGGAGCGUGGCGAAUGGGAGACGCUUCGAGGACGGCUCCUGCAGCGGCUUACCUUCGGCACGGCGGGACUGCGCGGUGUCAUGCACGGUGGCUUCAACGCCAUGAACGACCUGGUGGUCAUCCAGUCGGCCCAGGGGCUGGCCAAGUAUCUGCUACAGUGCUACCCGUCGGCCGAAGACCGCUCCCGGGGCAUCGUGCUCGGUUACGACGGGCGGUACAACAGCAAACGGUUCGCCGAGCUCAGUGCGUGCGUAUUUCUGAACGAAAACAUUCCCGUUUGGCUGUACGGCCGCACGGUCGCCACACCGUUCGUACCGUUUGCCGUGCUGGAGCUGAAGUGUUUGGCCGGCAUCAUGGUGACGGCUUCCCACAACCCGAAGGAGGACAAUGGCUACAAAGUUUACUGGACCAACAGUGCCCAGAUCAUCCCACCGCACGACAGAAACAUCCAAGCGUCGAUUCUGGAGUGCUUGGAACCACUGGCGUCCUCGUGGAAUCUUGAUCUGCUGGUUUCGGACCAACUGCACGAUCCGUACGACAAAAUGACGGAGCUUUACUUCCGCAAGCUGCAAGCGAACGUUCCGAAGGCGUUCAUCAGCGACUACAACACGGGCAGUGCGCUGCGUUUCGUCUACUCCGCCAUGCACGGUGUCGGCUAUCCGUUCGUGCAGCGCGCGUUCGAGUGUGCCAACCUUGCCGCGGUCGUCGCGGUGCCCGAGCAGCGCGAUCCGGAUCCCGAGUUUCGCACGGUCAAGUUCCCCAACCCGGAGGAGGGCAAAUCGAGCCUGGUGCUGUCGAUGCGACUGGCGAACGAAACCGGAUGCGGCGUGAUACUGGCCAACGAUCCGGACGCCGAUCGGUUGGCCUGUGCCGAGAAGGACGCCAAGGGCGAAUGGCGAGUUUUCAGUGGCAACGAACUGGGGGCGCUGCUGGGCUGGUGGUCCAUUCGGUGCUACCGGGAACAGUAUCCGGACCAGAGUCUGUCUGAUUGCUAUCUGAUUGCCAGCACGGUGAGCAGCAAAAUGUGCCGUUCCAUCGCCGCCAUCGAAGGGCUCCAGUUUAUCGAAACACUGACCGGGUUCAAGUGGAUGGGCAAUAAAUCGGUGGAACUGCUGGCCCAGGGCAAAACGGUGCUGUUUGCGUUCGAGGAAGCGAUCGGUUUUAUGUGCUCGCCAACUGUGCUCGACAAGGACGGUGUCAGUGCGGCGUGCCACCUCGCGACGAUGGCCUGCUACUUGCGCGCCACCUCCAACCAGUCGCUGGCCGACAAGCUGAACGAGCUGUACGAUAUCUACGGGUUCCACUGCACGAGCACUUCGUAUCACUUCUGCUACGAGCCGCCCGUCAUUGAGCGUGUCUUCAAGCGCAUCCGCAACCUGGACCCGGCCAACGGUCCGGCGGACCAACGGUACCCCCGGGCCAUCGCCGGUGGACGGUUCAAGAUAGCGAACGUACGGGAUCUUACGACCGGGUACGACUCCUCGCAGCCGGACGGAAGGGCCAUACUGCCGACGAGCAGCAGCUCCCAGAUGAUAACGUUCUCGUUCGAAAACGGUGCCGUCAUCACACUGAGGACGAGUGGCACCGAGCCGAAAAUCAAGUAUUACGCCGAAAUGUGCGCCCAGCCGGGACAACGCGAUUGGGCCGGAUCGAGAUCGACGUUGCGCGAGAUGGUCGAGGCUAUCGUUGAGGAGCUGCUGCAACCGGAAGUAAACAAUCUUACCCCAAGGUCGGAUUAAUUCAACAAGGGGCGGUGGUCGUCGAAAGUGGGGCGGCGGGGUUCCGAACCUUCCGACAACAUUUACGCCACUCGCACAGUAAUAAGCGCAUCUUCACUUCUUGGCACAAGCGAUCGGAAACGUAACGGAGAAUGAAAUCUCGUCGAACCAUUCCGCCGUGCACAUGGCAGUGCGCGAUCAUCGUAUAACGAGAACGAUAGAAACGUGAACAAAUGAAACCAGAAGCUUUCCGAGGCAUGCAUCGAUUGACAAUUACUAUUUUACUAUAUUUACUGACCCAUAAGUUGCUGUAAGAAUUGCAAAGCUAGGUAACAGUUCCCGUAUGUUUAAUUGAAAUUUCGUUUCAACGAAUUCGUAGAGAACAGCUAAACGUAUGUAUCUCUCCCGUUCCGACGGGAGGCAACGUUCCGAACGUUGAAAGGAAAUAUCUUAAUCCCAGCAAAUAUGUUCGCUUGAAGACACCUAGAAUUUGUUUGUUGUCUAUUUAUUUCUCUUCAAUAAAUGUGU